CGUAUCCUUCACGAUCCUUUCUUCGCGCACUGCCCUUGCUUUCGGCCUCUAUUUUCCUCUCUCAUUGCUGUCUUUCACGGUUUCCUCAUCGUGUGGGCUCUCUUGGUGUCCUAUCAGAUACUCUAUUCUUGCGUUGUUGGCGGUGUGCUCCAGAAUAGCUCGGGGCAUGCCAUCGCAGAGGGAUCAAUCAGGUCUUGAUCUUCGAUGUCGACUCCGCGCGUCAUCGAGGACGAGCAGUCCAAGAGCAAGAGGCCCCCGCAUUUGUCUAUCGCAUCUCUAGGUACCAAUGCCUCUGGCAUAGCAGACAGCACCAUUAGCAAUACCAGCGACUUUUCCGGUAUCUCGCAGUUCCCUUCUCCUCCCACAGAGGUACCCACACCGACGUUGUCGAACCUUGGCACCCCAACAAGCUACAACUUCGCCGAGCGACUACCUCCUUCCAUCCCGGACUACGAAACGCCAACUCGCUUCCAGUUCGGCACACCACCGACAUCCCGUUCCCCUGUAAUCGCAGUGUUCGCAAACAAUUCUAGUGGACAUGAUGUACAGAGCUUGGGAACUACUGCCACGCCCAAGGCUGGGAGAUCGAAUACCGAGGCAAAAGUGAGCCCACCUCCUGCUGCCAAGUUAGCGACUCCCAAGGAGCACCAAGUGGUGGGGCAUCCUCCGAAACCGCCUUUUCCUCUCCCGUCUCAGUCGUCUUCGAGUUCUCAGACAGUCCGGCCACUUGCUUUGCGUAAGAAUCCCUUGCCGCAUCCACCUGUUACUACCCGGGCACUAGAAAAGCGUCCAGAGACCCCUUAUUCCGUGACUGCGGCCUCCUCGUUGUUAGAUUGGAGUGAUGCUGCGUCUGGGAUUAGUAUCAAUCCCAGCGAAGAACGCCUUCUUAGUACUUCGUUCAUCACUUCUCUCUUGUCGCAAUCGCCAGAGCCUUUUCUCGGUGACAAGGUAUCCAAUGCCAGUAGCCGAUCUGCGAGACAGCGAUAUAAUGGGAGGGGUCGCAUUACACCUGAGUCAUCGCUGGAUGAACGCCUGGGCGCUGCGGCCCCGCCUCACCAGUCGAUCCCACCGUUCUACCCUUCGGAUCUCUUGACAGCGGACGACCGGGAAGUAGUUAAGUCGGGAGCGAAGCCUGGUCACGAUCAGCGAUCGAUCGAACUGCGAUCUAACUACGCUCUAACAGAGCAAUCUUCUGAGACGCUACACACGAUCGAAGGACAAGUGCAUUCCGUUGUUCGAAGAUCCAUUGUCGGGCAUACACAUGGUGGCAUAGAGGCGCGUCCUGUGGCUGUCGUACCCGCAUAUCGAAUAUCAUAUGGUAUGCAAAUACAAGAUGACACGAACAAUUCUCUCAGGUCUGUCAAUAACUCUAUGGCUACAUCUGCGUCGAUGGCAUCGAAACCACCUGUGCAUCACGCGGAUGCUCCUCAAAAUGUCCGGAAUACCAAGGGAUUUGAUAGGGAUAACCUGUCGCAGGAAUCCGAGGACAAUAUCUUGAGGCAAGCUGAAGCUAGUUCGUCUCCGGGGAUGCCUGGAUUUUCAACGCGAAACCCUCUGAACAGAGUCUCGAAUGCUAUAAUGAAUUCAAAAUCUGGCUUGAACGAGGGUCCGAGCUCAAGACAUUAUCUGCAGCGGAAUCAGUCAAUGAAAAGCGUCGUAUCAUCGCUUGUAUCCCGUAUAUCAAAUACUUCGGUAGCUCGCCGAGCGAAGUAUGUUGCUUGGCUGCGACAACGUCCUCUUCCGCCACUCCCGAUCGCUAGCAAUCCACCGCCUAUGCUCGCGAAUAGCAAGGAAAUUCAAAAGUUUGAAGAGUCAAUUCCCUUACCCACGCUUGCGAAGCGUGCUGAAGAUUUGCUUGAUCGUAGUCGCUUCCAAUCUGUGGCCGAUAAGGACAGCGAACUCUAUUACAAGGAGGCUUUCGAUACAUCAUCCGGGCUUCAGUCGGGCAAUCGUGCAGCCUACGUACAGAUAAGCCAAAGAGGGGCUGGAAAUGGUGACGACCGGUUUUCGAUACUUUCGCGCUUCCGUCGGCAGAAAGGAGGGGUUGACAGGUCGUCUACAGACACUCUAUCGGCAGUGAAGGUGGACUCUGCUAAGUUGAAGCGGAGGAAACAUCGAUUGUGGAUACUGAUCAUUUGUACUUUGAUCGGUGUAAUCCUUGCCAUCGCCGUUCCCGUGGGCCUUGCUGAGAGGAGCAGGAACUCGGCGCCUGUAUGUAAGGGAAACUCGACUGGAGCCGCUUGCACCUUGGAUGCGACGUGCAAAUGUACUGGUUCUGGCGGAACGUGUAAACCGCUAGCAGCAUCUUUGUCUAUACUUCUACCUCAAGUCAACCAGUUCUUUUCCGCCAAUUUCACUCCAAGUGGAUUAUCCGAUGCAGUUGUCAGUGCGGUGGGCCCACCGAUCGACGGACUAUGUCGUGAACAAGUCGCUCUAAUUGAUGUUGAACCGGGUAUCAAUAGUGCAGCUGCACCGAAUCGCACGGCAUGGGCUCAGGCUGCUAUGCUUUGGAAUCUGGGAUUGUCGGAGGACGCCAGCGCAGCAAGAGAUCUGCAAGAAUUUGUUUCAUCGGCUCCUUGGAAUACUCUGUCAGCAAUUGAUGGCCCUGUCGAAGACAGUAACGGUGCUUUCGUGAAGGAUGUUUCCGGAUUCUCUUUUGACUUUGCUGCACAGUCGGUGACCCCGCUAAGUGCCUCCUUCAAGCAAUCGUCGCCGUCCUCGGAGCAGCUUGCAGAGGUGUCAGAUACUACUGAAAAAGCGUUAGAUCGAAUGUACACGUAUGCUAUUGCUUCAUCGACCCAACGACAGAAGGCGCUGCAAAAUUACUGGACAUCCGUACUUCAACAGCAGGUCUCCGAUCUACAGAAAUUCAGGGAUGCUGUACAGAACGCGCCGUUCCUGAUCCCCUUUGAUUCUACCUCGUCCCCAGGCGGCGAUGUCCUGACCACUCAGAUGUCCAACGCUUCUUCGACGCAGUUCCCGAUCCCCAUAUCGUGCUACCCAGGCCUAAACUCAACGCAGAUGGCGCUUAUUAACUCUCUGGAGAUUAAUGCCUUCGGUCUGACCUCCGCUUCCACCUCUUCUCAGUUCUCUCAGUCCUGCUUUCCUGACCGUCCUGUGUAUGGCGUCGUUGAUUUUCUGCGCCUACGCUUACCUUUUCCCGACGACAGGAAAGGUGUUGCACUGCAGGCCAGCGCUCUAAGUACAGACGCUACCGUCAGGACUGUCGUUUACAGCGGUGAAAUUCUUAGCGCUCUUCCAGGAACCUCUGCUGUCUCCGACAUUUCCAGUUCAAUGACGGAUCCACGCGAGUUCGGAACACCUGAUUUUCUCGAUCAUGUUUUACUAAAUUAUUUUUCAUCUAUGUCUAACACCUCCCUCGCUAUGGAUCUCGUUUCGUAUGUCCUGUCUUCUUCUACCACACCCCCAGCAAAUAAUUCCGACUUGGCCAACUCCCUCUCCUCACUCCCCGUCCUUGAAUUUGCCGUGUUCGGGUCUAUAAGACCGCAGGACAUUGCCUUCUCGGUCUCCUCCUUUUCAACACCAUCGGGCUCGUUGUUUUUCGGGUCCGACGUCAGUGAGAUGUUCCGUUCAUGGGCGCUCGUCAACACGUUGGCGUCAGUCGUAUGGACAGAAUCUGCCCUUUCGCCAGACGCCGUACACGAAACCUCCACAAUUGACCCGAACUUCGAGUCUGUCUGGAAACCAGCCUCGGAACUCGCUGCGUCCGGCCCGACAGACGCGGAGGAUGUUCAGAAGGUUACUUCGUCCCUCAGAUCACUAGGUUUAUUUUCUUCAUAAUCACGGUAUUUCCUGAAUCAAUUGGUUUAUUCUAUUUCUGUGGAUAUCUUGCCUCGUGGGCGUUACAUUCGUUCAUUUCGGAGGAUUCAUUCAUUCGUAGAUUUGCUGUAGCCCUUUCUUCGUUUUCCUCGGAUAGGAAUGCUUCGCUGCAAGUCAGUAAAUAUUGUUCGCCUUUGGUUACAUAUUCAUCAUGUUGUCCUUCGCAUUCACAUUGAACAAGAUAUCAAACCCAC